CACUCGGAGUCACGGAUCUCUGCGCAGCCGCUUCACAAGGUUGAGGGGAAGAUGCUUUUGUUGUGAUGCUCUCAGCUGUUGGUCUGCAGACAUCAGCUGCUCGCCCGGUGGAUAAAACAGCUGAUUAUUGGCUGUGAUCGUGGGCAGGUGACACGCAGCUCUGAGGUCAAUGUGGAUCUCAGGCUGAGCUGCAGUCACCUUGAUGCUGCAAGCUGUGAUGUCAUGGCGGCAGCCAGUGUGAGUCGACCUGGCAGCGUCCAGACCACCGAGAAGUCCCAGCUCACCCUGAAAGUGGUGUCAGCGAAGCCCCAGUCUCCGAAGCUGCCGAACCGCCACUCUCGGCUGAGCUCCUUCGUCGAGGUGACGGCCGACGGUUUGACCAGCGAAACCAAAAAAACGGGCAAACGCAGCGGACACCUGGAGCUGCAGUGGAACGAAGACCUCACCCUUAAUGUGACGCCUCAGAGCCGCCUGGAUCUGAAGCUGUGGAGCUGCCACACUCUGAGGAAGGAGCUCCUGGGCAGCGCCACCAUCGACCUGCUCGACACGCUGAGGACCCACGAUGGGAAGAUGGAGAACGUCCAGCUCAGUCUGGUGCUGCAGACGGAGAACAAAGGCUCAGUUGUGGCGGGAGGAGAACUCAACGUCUGUCUGGACGGCAUGGUUGUUGAUCUGGGCUCGCUGCCCAAUGGCAGCGCGGCGGCCGACAAGAUUCUUCAGUCGGACCGACCAAACCUGAGGAGGACGCAGAGCGAAGAGACUCCCAGUACAGCAGCUUCACACAGCAGGAGCAACAGGCAUUCGGUUGGAGGUUCUCAAAGUGAAUCUCCAGGAGGCUCCAGAGGAAGUUCCCUGACUAACGGGGACCUGACCGAGGAGCAGAGUCCUGGACCAGGAUCAUCGGGCCGUCGUCGGUCCUCCAAGAGCCACAGCAGCCCAGGAAACAGUGCAGAUAAAGUGGAGUUGACGUCUAACGGUCUGGAGAGUCGCAGCAGCGUCGCCCGUCACACGCCUCCUCCGUCCUCCCCGUCGGGUCGGUCUCCGGCCGCCAGCAGCAGCGGCAGCAGCCCGUCUCCGGGUCAGGACGCUCUGGGCCCGGCCGCCCCGGCAGAACCCAGCCCCAGCGCCACCUCCAGCACCGAGCCGGCCGGAAACAGCAGCACAGAGUCGGCCACCGACUCUCUCCCCGCUGGCUGGGAGCAGAGGGUGUUGCCUCAUGGCAGAGUUUACUACGUCGACCACAACACCAAAACCACCACCUGGGAGAGACCACUGCCUCCAGGCAGCGUCGCCCGUCACACGCCUCCUCCGUCCUCCCCGUCGGGUCGGUCUCCGGCCGCCAGCAGCAGCGGCAGCAGCCCGUCUCCGGGUCAGGACGCUCUGGGCCCGGCCGCCCCGGCAGAACCCAGCCCCAGCGCCACCUCCAGCACCGAGCCGGCCGGAAACAGCAGCACAGAGUCGGCCACCGACUCUCUCCCCGCUGGCUGGGAGAAGCGAGUGGACCAGAGGGGAAGGUUCUACUACGUGGACCACAACACCAGAACCACCACAUGGCAGCGACCCACGGCCGAGUCCGUCAGAAACUACCAGCAGUGGCAGAGCCAGCGCAGCCAGCUGCAGGGAGCCAUGCACCAGUUCAGCCAGCGCUUCCUCUACCAGCCGUCCGGAGCUCCGGUGGAAAAUGACCCUCUGGGCGCGCUGCCUCCUGGAUGGGAGAAGCGUCAGGACAAUGGCAGAGUGUACUUCGUCAACCACAACACCAGGACGACUCAGUGGGACGAUCCUCGGACCCAAGGGAUGAUCAAGGAGCACCCCCUGCCCCCGGGCUGGGAGAUGAAGUACACCGCCGAGGGAGUCCGAUAUUUUGUGGACCACAACUCGCGCACCACCACCUUUAAAGACCCCCGACCCGGGUUUGAGUCAGGGUCUCGACAGGGCGGAUCACCGGGCGCUUACGAUCGCAGCUUCAGGUGGAAAUAUCACCAGUUCCGUUUCCUGUGUCAUUCCAACGCCUUGCCGAGCCACGUGAAGAUCUCUGUGUCCAGACAGACGCUGUUUGAAGACUCAUUUCAGCAGAUCAUGAAUGUGAAGCCAUACGAUCUCCGUCGUCGCCUCUACAUCAUCAUGAGAGGAGAAGAAGGGCUGGACUAUGGAGGCAUCGCCAGGGAGUGGUUCUUCCUGCUGUCCCAUGAAGUCCUGAACCCCAUGUACUGCCUCUUUGAGUAUGCCGGUAAGAACAACUACUGUCUGCAGAUCAACCCGGCGUCGUCCAUCAACCCCGACCACCUCACCUACUUCCGCUUCAUCGGACGCUUCAUCGCCAUGGCUUUAUACCACGGGAAGUUCAUCGACACCGGCUUCACGCUGCCCUUCUACAAGAGGAUGUUGGACAAGAAACCAACCCUGAAGGACCUGGAGUCCAUCGAUCCGGAGUUCUAUAACUCCAUCAUGUGGGUCAAAGAGCACAACCUGGAGGAGUAUGGCGUGGAUCGAGAGAACAACCUGGAGGAGUGUGGCGUGGAACUCUACUUUGCACAGGACAUGGAGAUUCUGGGGAAAGUUUCCACCCACCAGCUGAAGGACGACGGAGAGAACGUGUUGGUGACCGAAGAGAACAAGGAAGAAUACAUCGGCCUGCUGACCGACUGGAGAUUCACCCGCGGAGUCGAGGAACAAACCAAAGCUUUCCUGGACGGAUUCAACGAGGUGGUUCCUCUGGAGUGGCUGAGAUACUUCGACGAGAAGGAGCUGGAGUUGAUGCUCUGCGGGAUGCAGGAGAUCGAUUUGGCCGACUGGCAGAAGAACACCAUCUACAGACAUUACACUAAGAACAGCAAACAGAUCCACUGGUUCUGGCAGGUGGUGAAGGAGAUGGACAACGAGAAGAGAAUCCGUCUGCUGCAGUUUGUAACAGGAACCUGCCGGCUGCCGGUCGGAGGAUUCGCUGAGCUCAUCGGAAGUAACGGUCCCCAGAAGUUCUGUAUAGACAAAGUGGGGAAAGAGACUUGGCUUCCAAGAAGCCACACAUGCUUCAACCGUCUGGACCUCCCUCCCUACCGGAGUCUGGAGCAGCUCAGAGAGAAGCUGCUGUUCGCCAUCGAGGAGACGGAGGGCUUCGGCCAGGAGUGACGAGGAGGAGGAGCUUCACCCCGAUAGUUUCUGUUAUUGUUCUUAUUUUGUGAACCACAGGGCUGAAAUCACCUGCAGCUCCUCACCUGGGGGGAGGGAGGGAGAGAGGGAGAGAGAGGGCGUCAUGAUGGAUCAUUUACAGGUGGAGAUGAUGGAGGAAGUGUGUGUGAGUGUGUGUGUGUGUGAGAGAGAGAGAGAGAUUGUGUGUGUGGUUGCUCACGUUAAUGCCAUUGUGUACAUGCAUAUAAACGGUGUGCGUUUGUUUGACCGGACGGCACAUCCACCCCCACACCUCUGCUUAGAACCGCACCAGAACCAGACAUGAUAGUUUUAAUGUCAGCAGCAGCUCACAGCAACCCACAGAUGCAGUAUAACGACAUAUCUACAGAGAGAGACGUACGUUUUUAACCCGACAGAGCAGCGAGUGUUAUCACCACGCAGAGGACACGCAGAUCAGAUGUGAUUUUAUUUUUUAUUCCUCUGUUCAUUAUGAAAUUCAGCAUUUUUUCUCGUGUACAUAACUAAAAUAAAUAAGAUUUCAGUCUU